CGCAGGCGCACUCCCCACGCUCCCCCGCGCACUCCCUGCGCGCUUGUCUCCCGCCUCGCGCUCAGCGCCCCCGCCCCCUCUUUUCCUUCUCCUCCGGCUCCACCUCCGCCUCCUCCGCCCUCCUGCUUCCCGAGGUCUCAGCUCGCGGUCCGGAGCCCGCAUCGAGCCCGGGGCCGCCAGCUGCCAUGCUGCCCGGGCGGUGGCGCUGAAGGAUGGCGACGCCGGUGCCCCCGCCCGCGCCGCGCCACCUGCGGCUGCUGCGGUUGCUGCUCUCCGGCCUCGGUCUCGUCCUCGGCGCGGCGCUGACCGGAGCCGCCGCCAGCCGCCCGGAUGCGGCUGCCUGCCCUGGGAGCCUGAACUGUGCCCUGAAGAGGCGUGUGAGGUGCCCCCCUGGUGCGCAUGCCUGUGGGCCGUGCCUUCAGCCCUUCCAGGAGGACCAGCAGGGGCUGUGUGUGCCCAGGAUGCGCCGGCCGCAGGGGGAGGGCCCACCCCCGCCCCCGCCCCCGCCCCCGCCCAGGCUGGAAGAUGAGAUCGACCGCCUGGCCCAGGAGCUGGUGCUGAAGGAGGCCAGGCCCACACAGCUCUCCGUGCAGCCGCUCGCUGGGGCCCGACAGCGGCUCCUGGAGCCCGCAGGUACCCCUGGGUUCUCAGAGCCGGGUCAGGAACCCGGGCCCGGCCUGCCCUCCACUCCGGGAGCCUCCACGCCCACGGCCCACACCUCCUUGGGCUCCCCGGUGUCUUCCGGGCCAGUGCACAUCGCGCCCCUGGAGCCCCGGGCUGGGCGUGGCGAUGGCCUUGCCCUCGUGCUCCUCAUUGUGUUCUGCAUGUCGGGUGCCACCGCCCUGGCUGUGACCAUGCUCUGCUGGUGUAGGCUGCAGCGAGAGAUCCGCCUGACGCAGAAGGUGGACUAUGGAGCCGCAAAGGCGCCCGGCUCGCCCAGGACACCCCGGAUCUCGCCCGGGGACCAGCGGCUGGCCCACAGCGCCGAGAUGUACCACUACCAGCACCAGAGGCAGCAGAUGCUGUGCCUGAAGCGGCACAAGGAGCCCCCCAAGGAGCUGGAGUCUGUUUCCUCGGAUGAGGAGAACGAAGAUGGCGACUUCACAGUGUACGAGUGUCCGGGCCUCGCACCGACCGGGGAGAUGGAGGUUCGAAACCCGCUGUUUGAUGACUCCUCACUGCCGGUGCCCCCGCUGCAGUGACCGAGGCUGUGCCUGCCACCUGCUCACCUCUGCCCGCGGUGGCCGCAGCCUUGGAAAGCACACUGCUGACGUGCCCGUGCCAAGGCUGACGCCAGCGCAGGGCCCCGCAAGAGAGAGCCUGCCAUGUGCUGGGAAACCUCAGUUCCCUCGUGCCUCCCCUGUCCAGGCUGAUCCCCCCAACUGGAAGGGCUGGGGAGAGCCCUGGAGCCCAGGCAUGGCUGGCGGAUUCUGGAGACAAAAGCCAAUUAAAGUACCUUUGACGCCUGA